GGGCCAGCCUUGCAGACUCUGCACCCUCCUUCAGCCCGGGCAAGGCCCGGGGCCCUGGGCAGCCUCCAGGUGCAGUGCCCUCCCGUAGGCCACACCCUUCCCACUGCCCCAGGGCAUGUCUCUACUCACCAAUUAUGAGGGGCUUCGGCAUCAGAUAGAGAGGCUGGUGCGGGAAAAUGAGGAACUGAAGAAGCUGGUGCGGCUCAUUCGGGAGAAUCACGAGCUCAAGUCAGCGAUCAAGACUCAGGCAGGCGGGCUCGGCAUCAGCGGGUUCACGACUGGGCUUGGUGAGGCAACAGCAGGCCUUCCCUCACGCCAGAGCAAUGGUGUCUUCCUGCCCCCGUCCCCAGCAGUGGCAAAUGAACCAGUCCUGGAAGAAGUGGGGAUCAUGGCCUUGACACCCCUGGCCGAGAUGCUAACCAGCUUGCAGCCCAGCACCAUGCCGGGCUCACUCAUGAGCCCCCUGACAGGCACCCUCAGCACGCUGCUGUCCGGCCCAGCACCCCUGUCACAGAGCAGCCCCCUCACCGGCUUCCUGACCAGCCCCGUGGCGGGGCCCCCAACGGGCACACUGGCCAGUUCCCUGGGCCUGCCCUCCACUGGCCCCCUGACUCCCAGCAGCCCCCUGGCAGGCCCUGUGGCCGUGUCCCAGAGCAGCCCCCUGAUAGCCCCCGUGACGGGCACGGUGGCCGUCUCUCUGAGCAGCCCCCUCCUCAGCUCCACUGCCACCCCACUAGGGGUCUCUCAGAACCUGCUGGCCAACCCCAUGGGCAACCAGGUCCUGCCAGAGGCCCCAAGGCUGCGGCUGGCUGAGCCCCUCCGCAGAGGCCCCUCUGGGCCCCACUCCCCAGCUUGCAUGGUACCUGCUGCCACCACCAAAGUCCCACUCUCCACUGAGCCCCCCCGGUCGACCCAGGACCCAGAGCCUCUCAGCACGGCGUUUGCAGGCACACCCCUCCAGACCUCCACCCCCAUCGGAGCCAUGGGCACACCUGCUCCCGAGACAGCCUUCUCCUUCAACACUUCAGACACACAGACUCAGCCCAGUGCCACCCAGGAACAAGUGGUCCCUGCAUCUGUCCCCAGCUCCCCCACUACCUCCCCCACAGUCACUGUCCUUGCCUCUGCCCCCGCCCUCACCCCCCAGGUUGCCACCAGCUACACCCCCUCAAGCACCACCCACAUUGCCCAGGGUGCCCCCCAUCCCCCUUCCCGAAUGCACAAUUCCCCAACCCGGAACCUGCCUACCCCCCACUCUCCUCCACACAACCCCCACUCCCCACCUCGUACAUCAUCCUCCCCGGCUUCAGUCAAUGACUCUCGGGGUCCACGCGCCACAGAACCAUCAAGGAAGAGCAUGAUGGAGGUGGAACGGAAGCUGGCCCACCGCAAGACGAGCAAGUUCCCCGAGAGCGCCCGAGAGUCGAAGCAGCUGGCCUGGGAGAGGCUGGUGGGUGAGAUCGCCUUCCAGCUGGACCGAAGGAUCCUGUCCAGCAUCUUCCCAGAGCGCGUGCGGCUCUAUGGCUUCACUGUCUCCAACAUCCCGGAGAAGAUCAUCCAGGCCUCCCUGAACCCCAGUGACCACAAGCUGGACGAGGAGCUGUGCCAGAUGCUCACACAGCGUUACGUGAGCAUCAUGAACAGGCUGCAGAGUCUGGGCUACAACGGGCGGGUGCACCCUGCGCUGACCGAACAGCUGGUGAACGCCUAUGGCAUCCUGCGAGAGCGCCCGGAGCUGGCGGCGUCUGAGGGCGGCACCUACACUGUGGACUUCCUGCAGCGCGUGCUAGUGGAGACCGUGCACCCUAGCAUGCUCACCGAUGCGCUGCUGCUGCUCUCCUGCCUCAACCAGCUGGCGCACGACGACGGCAAGCCCAUGUUCAUCUGGUGAUGCUGGAGCUGGGAGGUCCAGGCUCACUCAACCCCACAGUCUUCUGCACAGCCAUUAAAGCUUCCCACAGACGCUGGUCGCUGGGCCUGUGCCAGCACUCCUGGGUGGUGCUGCCUCCUCUGAGGUGGCUCACCAGGCCCCUGCACCGUGCCCCUUCA